CUUCCUGGCCCCGGGAGGUCCUUCCUCGCCUUCGCCGCCCUCUCCGCCGCCGCCAUGCUGGAGGAGGCCGGCGAGGAAGUGCUGGGCUCGGUGCUGCUGAAGGCCUCCUGCCUGCCGCUGAGCUUCCUGCUGGUCCUGCCGGCCGUCCUCUUGCUCCUGCUGGGGCCGCCGCCCGCCUCGGCCGCCCACGAGUUCACCGUCUACCGCAUGCAGCAGUACGAGCUGGGCGGGCAGGCCUACGGCACCCGGAAUGCUGUGUUAAACACGGAGGCGCGCACGGUAGAGGCGGACGUGCUGAGCCGCCGCUGUGUCAUGAUGCGGCUUGUAGACUUCUCCUACGAACAGUACCAGAAGGCGCUUCGUCAGUCCGCCGGCGCUGUGGUCAUCAUCCUGCCUCAGAGCAUGUCUUCAGUGCCCCAGGAUGUCAUCCGACAAUUCAUGGAGAUAGAGCCGGAGAUGCUUGCGAUGGAGACGAUCGUCCCGGUUUAUUUCGCCAAGGAGGAUGACGAGCUGCUUUCCAUCUAUGAACAAACGCAGGCAGCUUCUGCCUCGCAAGGCUCAGCCUCAGCUGCCGAAGUUCUGUUGCACACGGCAACUGCCAACGGCUUCCAGUUGGUGACCAGCGGAGCCCAGAGCAAAGCCGUCAGCGACUGGCCCAUCACCAGCGUGGAGGGGCGUCUGACGGGCCUCGGAGGAGAAGACCUCCCGACUAUCGUCAUAGUUGCUCACUACGAUUCUUUCGGAGUUGCCCCGUGGCUUUCCCACGGAGCUGACUCCAAUGCCAGCGGGGUGGCUGUGCUCCUGGAACUGGCCAGGUUGUUCUCACGCCUCUACACCUACAAACGGACCCACGCCGGGUACAAUCUGCUGUUUUUUGCAUCCGGAGGUGGCAAAUUUAACUAUCAAGGGACCAAGAGGUGGCUGGAGGACAACCUGGAUCACACAGAUUCCAGUUUGCUUCAAGACAACGUGGCUUUUGUCCUGUGUUUGGACACUCUGGGGAGAGGGAACAGUCUCCACUUGCACGUUUCGAAGCCCCCCAAGGAAGGGACCCUCCAGCACGCUUUUCUGAAAGAGCUGGAGAUGGUGGUGGCCAACCAGUUCCCCGAGGUGAGGUUCUCGAUGGUGCACAAGAAAAUCAACCUGGCCGAAGACAUGUUGGCGUGGGAGCACGAACGCUUUGCCAUCCGCCGCCUCCCGUCCUUCACCGUCUCCCAUCUCGAGAGCCACCGGGACACCCUGCGCAACAGCAUCAUGGACGUGAGGUCAGCCGCUGGGGAACAGGUGGAUCCCAAAAUCUUGACCCGCAACACUCGCAUCAUCACCGAGGCCUUGACGCGGGUCAUCUACAACCUAACAGAGAAGGGUCUACCAGCAAACCUCCAAAUCUUCACAGAACAGAUGCAAAUCCAACAGGAACAGAUGGAGGCCGUGAUGGACUGGCUGACCAGCCAGCCCCGAGCCGCUCAGCUGGUGGACAAAGACAGUCCUUUCCUCAGCACUCUAGAAUAUUACAUGAGCCGCUCCCUGAAGGACGUCAAACAGCACCACGUGAAGGCGGAUAAGCGGGAUCCCGAGUUUGUUAUUUAUGACCAGUUGAAACAAGUAAUGAAUGCGUAUAGGGUGAAGCCUGCCAUCUUUGACCUUCUCCUGGCGCUUUGCAUCGCGGCUUACCUGGGAGUGGCUUACGUUGCGGUCCAACACUUCGGUCUCCUUUACAAGCUGGUGCAAAGAUUAUCCGUCAAAUCCAAGCAACAGUGACAGGAGGAGAAAAGCCUGCACAACCGGAGGAAAUCUUUUCAGCAUCAUCUCGUCUUACACCGGAGGCUUACCGCUGCUGAGUUUCCCUGUCCGUUCUCCUUCUGUUUCUUUUUUUCUUCCUGUCCUGGAUUAAGGAGGCAACAGUUGAGAUAGGGAAAAAAGAAAAAAG